UUAACUGUCAAUGAAUGUUUUUUUUUUUUCAUUUGGAUAAGGUGGAAAAGGAUACAAUUACAAGGUUCCACUUAAUUCAAAGCGAAAUGGCGGUCUCCUCUUCCACAGUCUCUGCUUCAGUCCCUCCAUAUCUUUGCUGCAACACCACCAAAAUUCCCUGCUUUAAAGUCCCACACCACACGCCACUACGUUUAUACAAUGCUAAAAGAACGCAGAUUUGGGUCAAGAGGAGCUGUUUCAAGUCACCCAUCACUGCUAAAGUCGCUCAACAAAGCGAUUUGCAGUAUAGGAAGCUCGGCGACUCUGAUCUUCAAAUCAGUGAAAUCACAUUGGGAACUAUGACAUUUGGAGAACAAAAUACAGAGAAAGAAGCUCAUGAAAUGCUCAGCUAUGCUUUUGAACACGGCAUCAAUGCUCUCGAUACUGCUGAAGUCUACCCGAUUCCCAUGAAGAAAGAGACGAGUGGAAGAACCGAUCUCUACAUUGCUAGCUGGCUGAAGUCUCAACCUCGCGAUAAGGUUAUUUUGGCAACAAAAGUAUGCGGCUAUUCAGAACGAUCGGCUCACCUACGUGACAAUGCAAAAGUUUUACGGGUUGAUGCUGUGAACAUUAGAGAAAGCGUAGAGAAAAGCCUUAAAAGACUCAACACCGAUUACAUUGAUUUACUGCAAAUUCAUUGGCCAGAUCGUUAUGUGCCGUUGUUCGGUGAGUAUUUCUAUGAUUCUUCAAAAUGGCGACCAAGUAUACCGUUUGUGGAACAACUUAAGGCUUUACAAGAAGUCAUCGACGAAGGAAAGGUACGCUAUAUCGGAGUUUCUAACGAGACUUCGUAUGGAGUAAUGGAGUUUGUUCAUGCAGCUCGAGUUGAAGGACUAUCAAAGAUCGUUAGUAUCCAAAACAGCUAUAGUCUACUGGUCCGGCGUUUCGAGGUCGACCUGGUCGAAGUUUGUCACCCGAAGAAUUGCAAUAUUGGGUUACUUUCUUACUCUCCGCUCGCCGGUGGAGCGCUAAGCGGAAAAUACUUAGAUAUCAAUUCCGAAGCGGCAAAGAAAGGGAGGUUGAACCUUUUCCCUGGCUACAUGGAAAGAUAUAACAAGUCAAUUGCCAAGGAAGCAACAAUGCAAUAUAUUGAGAUGGCGAAAAAGCACGGAUUAAGUCCCGUUCAACUCGCGCUCGGGUUUGUACGAGAUCGUCCGUUUAUGACGAGUUCGAUCAUCGGCGCAACCUCGGUUGAGCAGCUGAAGGAAGACAUUGAUGCAUUUCUAACAACUCAACGGCCUUUGCCACCAGAGGUAAUGGAAGAUAUUGAAGCCAUUUUCAAAAGAUACAAAGAUCCUGCCAUUCUCUGAGAUCAAAGAUAUUCAUUUUCUUCAGAUUUUUUCAUUUUUCUUGAAGUAUCCAUGCUCGUAUCUUUGCUCGAUAUCAACAUUAAGCUUGACCAAAAAAGUCAGAGAAAACCGAAACCGGUUCAAGCCGACUAUUCGGUUCAGUUUGAUAUUCGGUUUCAUUAUUAUUAUUAUUAUUAGUGAUAAACAAGAAAACAAAAUUACAUCAAUGGAAAUUGGACAAAAGCAUCAUUAGCCUCUUGUUGAAUAA